CAUGUUGUGUUUUUAGUGGGAUAGAAAUUUGGCGAGAAGUGAGCGCGAAGUGGAAGGCGAUGGAGGGAAACGAAGGCGCAGCGAAUGGUGAUGGCGAUGGCGAUGGCGGCGAUCGUCCAUGGCAAUCUUACCACACUGUUUACACAACCGCUAAAGCAGGAAUGGAAGGGGUUGACAAGGAGAAAGUUCAGAGAGUAGUUUACGAAAUGAGUAAAGGAUCCAAAUAUUUUCAAAACGAGGAACGCAAGGAGGCUUUUAUUAACCAGAAAAUUCAGAACUUGCGAAUUCAGUGUGCUAAGCUCACACAAGCAGACCUGGCCCACUAUCGUAAGUUUUUAUUAUUACAGGUGGCUGAUAGAAGAAUUGUUGAGCUAGAAGCUUCGCGUGAUCUUUCGAGGAUUUGGUUACAUGUAGAUAUGGAUGCUUUCUAUGCUGCAGUGGAGACUUUAAGUAACCCUACAUUACAGGGCAAGCCAAUGGCUGUUGGGAGCAUGUCCAUGAUAUCUACUGCCAACUAUGAGGCCCGAAAAUUUGGGGUUCGUGCUGCCAUGCCUGGGUUCAUUGCACGUAAGCUAUGUCCAGAAUUAAUCUUUGUUCCAACAGAUUUCAAGAAGUAUACUUACUAUAGUGAUUUGACUAGAAAAGUUUUCCGGAUAUACGACCCCAAUUUCAUUGCUGGUAGCCUGGACGAAGCAUACCUUGAUAUAACUGAAGUUUGCAAAGAAAGGAAUGUCAAAAGUGAAGAAAUUGCCCAAGAACUCAGAGCUGGUGUUUAUGAAGAGACCGGUCUCACUUGUAGUGCUGGAGUGGCACCAAAUCGCUUACUUGCUAAGGUUUGUUCUGACAUAAACAAGCCAAAUGGACAGUAUGUUUUGCCAAAUGACCGGAUGGCUGUUAUGACCUUUGUAUCCUCCCUUCCUAUCAGAAAGAUUGGGGGCAUUGGUAAGGUCACAGAACAUAUUUUAAAGGGAGUUUUUGAAAUUAACACAUGUGAGCAGAUGCUGGAGAAGAGUUGCUACCUUUAUGCACUUUUCUCUCAGCCAACAGCAGACUUUUUUUGCUCUGUAGGUUUAGGUCUUGGGCAAACAGAUUCUCCCCAAGUAAGAUUUCGGAAAAGUAUUAGCAAUGAAAGAACGUUUUCUGCCACUGAAGAUGAGGUGCUAUUGCAUAAAAAAUUGGUGGAGCUUGCUGAAAUGCUAUCGGCGGACAUGCAGAAAGAGGGUCUGUGUGGGCGAACAUUGACUCUUAAACUGAAAACUGCUUCUUUUGAGGUUCGGACCAGAGCUGUGACUUUACAAAAAUACAUCAGCUCAACUGAGGAUAUCUUGAAGCAUGCUAAAAAGUUGCUAAAAGCUGAACUUCCUAUUUCAGUAAGAUUGAUAGGCCUUAGAGUAUCUCAGUUUAAUGGAGACAAAUGUAGUGUUACGCCUGAUCCUACACAGAAGACCAUUACCAACUUCAUUACUUCCGGAGAUGUCAAUAGAAAUUGUAGUUCUUUUCCAGAUGUUGCAGAUCGUGACUUUGUCAGUGAUGCAGAAACCAAUCUUUCCGUUGACAAUCAGCAGCAGACAAGUCAACUUGAUUGGAGAGAUCCUUUUGUUGGUAACUAUUUGUCAGAUGGAGAUUACCAAAGCUGUGUUCUCCAGAAAAAUGAUGGUAUAGAAGAGGUACAAACACCUAGUAAUGAUGCUACAAGUUCUCACCACAGUGGAUUUACAGAAGCGCUGGGAUCUACUUCUUUCCAGGGGCAAUUUGAAGGCAUAAAUGUGAUGAAUGAAUCUAAGCUCCUGGAGGGUGCCAGUCUUAAUUCUUGUUGUCAGGAGACGACAAUGUUGUGGCUGAAUGACUACAAAUGUUCACUUUGUGGAAUAGAACUACCUCCAAGUUUUGUUGAGGAAAGAUUGGAGCACUCCGAUUUUCAUCUUGCUGAAAAGCUUCAAAAGGAAGAAUCUAGGAUUCACCAACCAUGUGUUCCGAGUGGAAGUCGGAAUCAAAAGGAUGGAAUGAGUAGACAAAGCAAAUCUAAGAAGCAAAAGUUGUCGCAGAAAGAAGGCAAAUAUACACCCAUUGAUUCUUUUUUUGUUAAAAAGUAAUCAAUCAUAGCUGUCAAAUUUAUUAUAAUGUACAGAAUAACAAAAUUUUGCAUUCUAUUGUAUAAUAUGCAUGCUAUUUUUCCUUGUAACGUGUACAAAAUAAUAAAUUCAUCUGCUUGUAACUCAGGCCGUAGUAUGAAACAUUGUGAGUUAAAUUGAAGAGACUUAAAUUGCUAGGAAAUUUGUUUCCCAAAGGUGUACUCUCUGACAAACAGGAGUUGGUUUAUUGGCAACACAUUUUCUGA